AUGCCAUCCCCCAAUCCACCAGAUGCAGUCCUAGAAUUCCUCUGCGACCGCCGCUUCCACCGCCGCCUGACCUUCCCACCCUCCCCGUCCUCAGGCCGAACAUCACCCUACCACAUCUCCUACGCCGACUACGCCGAUGCAACCAGCACGGCCGUCGUCCUCUUCUUCGGCGGCCUAAUGGGCGGCCGCCUCAGCUACUCUCCGCUGGACCAACUAGCCCGCACGCACGGGAUCCGCAUCAUCCACGCGGACCGGCCAGGAAUGGGCGGCAGCAGCAGCGUGGAGAUCGAAGCGCGGAUUACGGCGUUUGUCGACACGCUGCCGCUGCUGCUGGCGCACCUGGGGAUCGCGCAUGUGGCCCUCGCGAGCCAUAGCUUCGGGACAGUGUAUCUGCUCAACGCGCUGCUGAGGUUUCCGGGCCUGCUGCACCCGCGGAGACCGCAUGUGGCUGUUUUCGCGCCGUGGGUUCACCCGCAGCAUACGGGGAUGCUGCAUCUACGGGCUGCGGAGCUGCUGCUGCCGGGGCCGGUCAUCGGGCAGUUCACGGCGCUGGCCAAGUUUGUCCACGGGAGGAUCGCGCCGUUGGCGGGCAUGAGCGCGGGCUGGAGCAGUGCGGUAGCAGGCAGCUUCUCCUCUGCGGCGCCGCUGUCCGUUGCGCCGUGCGCGGUGGGAGAAGAGGGUGGAAGGAGCCAGCAGCAGGCGGCAGACUUCCACGCAGCUGUAGACCUGCACGACGCAGACACACUUGCGCACCUGCGCUCGCUGAUCCCCACGUUUCUCUUCGCAGAGCAAGUCGACGGCGUGGAUCAGGAUGCGCAGCUCUGCCUCCGCAAACCGCGCUCCAUACCAUGGUGUGCAGCGCCGCUCGAGUGGGACGACAUCGACGAUGCCGUGCGGCUCUUCGCCAAAACCACCAGCCGUGACGUUGCCCAGGAUGUCACAGCGGAGACUCAGCGGCGCUGGACCAUCGACGCUUUCCACGCCCAGUCGGACGGGAUGGUGGGGGCAAAGGGGAGGGUGUGGUUCGACGCGUGCUGGUCUUCAGCAGUUGGUGAGAGGGGGGACUGCGUGUAUGAGAGCAGGGUAGUGAAAGGUGCGGACCAUGAUUUCAUCCUCGAUCCGCAGUUUGGCGCGAGUGAGGCAUGGUUGCAACGUGUGAGGCGUGCAUUUGACAGCGGGGAAGGCGAGGGCGAAGGGCGAGAGAUGCAUCUCUAG